AUGUCAGUCAGGAUACAGCUGGACAGACCACAAGUACUUUUCACGAAUCUUGAUUUCCUCACUGGGAAGGUCAUCGUCCAGCUGGUUGCAGAUGCAGCCUUAUCCGCUGUCACCGUCAAGCUUGAGGGCGAGAGUCGCACUCGUCUUUCGGGGCCCAAGUUGACAUAUAAUAAUGAGAGGUCAGAUAAACGGAGGACAGAGCUGGAGUGGCACAAGCUGCUCUACAAGGUCGAGACCCUUUUUCCCACUCGAGAUGUUCAGCAGCAGACAGGGAAUGCCACGAGUAGUUACAUGCUGUUAGCCGGUCACUAUGAAUACCCAUUUCGAUUCAAAUUUCCAUUCAACAACAACUGUCAAAACAAUAGCAUGAUGCGAGGUCUGGGAGUUGGGAGUAUGGGCAUUGCUUUCAACCCAGACUUGAAUGUCAAGCAUGUCAAGAAGACCCUUCCGCCUUCUCUCAGUGGCUUUUCCAGAGAAGCCGAAAUCAGGUACUAUGUCAAGGCAACAGUGGUUCGGCCAAAGUUCUACCAGGAAAACAUUCGAUCACAGUUGGACAUUAAAUUUCUGCCUAUUGAGCCUCCCAGGCCGCCGCAUCUACUGGAAGAGACAUUCGCACGCCGUACGCAGCAAUUCGCAAAAACAUUUCCUGCAUCUGAGAAGGCUGCCCUCUUCCAAAGUAGCGAACCACCUAUCUUCCAAGUAGAUGCACGCUUACCCAAUCCCUCGAUCUUGACCUGCAAUGAGCGUUUACCCUUGCGAAUACUAGUUCAGAAGCUUAGCGAAAGCACCGAGACCGUCUUCCUCAGUAUGCUUCACAUAGAGCUGAUAGGCUACACCCACGUCCGAGCGCACGACCUCACCAGAUCAGAGAGCCAAAGCUGGGUAAUAAUGAGCCAGUCCAACAUGAACAUCCCACUGGGCGAGCCCUCAGAUCCUGUCGGCAAAGAAUGGAAAGUCCCGUCGAGAUACUGGGAAAAUAAACCUCUUCCUAAUACCGUUUGCCCUUCCUUCGACACUUGCAACAUCUCCCGCACCUACCAGCUUGAAGUCCGUGUCGGUCUAUCCCAUGGCGGCGGCAGUGACUCGUUAAAACCAGAAUUGAUUGUCCUUCCUUUACGUCUAGCAGUAAAAGUCUACUCUGGAAUAGCUCCUCCAGCAGCUCUACUCCAAAGAAUUGCUACGCCACACUCCAAAUCACCCAGAACCCAGUUCGCAGCCACACCCUUAGCAACACCGGCCUCCAAUCAACUCAGCCCAUCAUCAUUCUACCCACCAACGCCCAUCACGCCCUCCUAUGCCCAGCACCAACCUCCGGCUCCACCAGGCAACACAGCUUCAUACUUCCCGCCCCCUCGUCCCUCCCAGCUACCAGACGGCGUAGACGACGACGAAGCCCCACCGAGCUACGAAGACGCCAUGGCAGACGAGAUCGCACCAGUGGACGGGCCGAGACGCGAAUACAGUAUCCCAAUUCCACCAGACAGGAGCGAUAGUGGGUUUAGUUCAGACUUGAAAGGUGGCGGCGGCGCUCACAGCGGAAGCGGUAUUGGCGGCUUGGGUCGAAGGGUCAGCGAGCGGCUAUUUCCUCAGAACGGAGCAACAGCCUCGAUAAGACGUGCAAAUGGCAGUGGGAACGGAAACCGGAAUGGGAUUAGAAGCAGUUCAAGACAGAGCUCUAGUGAUGACGAGGAGUUUGGUGCCGGCGCCGCAACGGCAGCGGAUGGUCACACUGCCGCUGCUGGGCAAGGAGCUCAUCCGCCCGCACAAACGUCGCCACAGGCACGAGUUGCGAGGGGACCGACUCUACCACCGAGUUUGGAGGAGUCAACUAAUGGCAACGAGGGAGGUGGGCGAUGA